AUGGCAGAAACAGAUAAAUCGUACCUGAUUAAAGUGAUUAGAAGUCAACUUUGUAGAAUAGCAGAGAUUGGAUCUGAACUAUCUGUACUUGUACUUGCACCAACAGGAGCUGUCGCAUACAAUAUUAACGGUGCAACUAUUUAUUUAACACUUUUCAUUCCAUUGCAAAUUGGAAAUAAUAUUGAUUUGAAAAUCAGGUGUCGAAUGCUCAAUUUGAUUGAUAUUCAGUUGCAACAAGCUUUUCCUAAGCAUAAAAAUGAACCAUUUGGUGGUAGAUCUAUUAUUAUGAUCAGAGAUUUCGGUCAACUUCUACUAGUACUUGAUUUUCUCAUAUAUGCUGCUAAUGUUUCAAGAGACCCAUUAUCUAAUAGUGGUAUUAUAUCAUACGGUCAGUUUCGUGAGCAUUCUGUUGCAAAAGUCUUUGCUAAACACACUAGUAACCAAGAAGCUAAAAAAGCUGACUUUGACAUUGCAAAAAGUCUUGAAGCACAAUUUUUAUUAGCUAAAGCAGUCUUUAUUGCUUUUGACAAUUACAACAGUUCUGCUAUUAAAACUUUAGAAGGUGUAAAUGUUAUUCCAAUAGUGCCUAUUCAAUGUACUUGGGAAAGUAAAUCUGGAGUAUUGUGCUCACGAACACAGAUUCCUGUUUGUCUUGUCUGGGCCAUUACGUGUCUCAAGUUUGUACCCUCACUGAUAUUCUUUUUAAACCUUUCAGUUUUGAAAGGCUUCAGCGAAUUAAAAACUAUAAAAGAUUACAAAAUCGAAAAAGUGAAGAAGAAUGACUGA